CGGUAGUUGGCUGAGAGUGAUCGCGGAGGAGCACGUGUAGCUGGAGCCAUGGCACGGGGUCUCGGUGUGCUGCUGCUGGUGCUGCUCGGUCUCGCCGGCCUGGAGGCAACCACAAGUUCCCCCAAAGUACAUGUGUACUCCCGCCACCCAGUGGAGGAUGGCAAGUCGAAUGUCCUGAACUGCUAUGUGGAGGGGUUCCACCCCCCGAACAUUGAGAUCACCCUGCUGAAGAAUGGUGUAAAGAUGGAUGCCAUGGAAAUGUCUGACCUUUCCUUCAGUGACGACUGGACUUUCCAGCGCCUGGUGCAUGCCCCGUUCACUCCUAAUGGGAAAGAUUCAUAUGAAUGCAAAGUGGUGCAUAGCACCCUUCCAAGUCCCAAGAACGUCAGAUGGGACCCAGAUAAUUAACCUGCUUCUCAGACGUAUAUGGUCUGAAGAACUCUGCCUUGCAAUCUGAAAUCAGCUUAAGCCCUAAUCUGUUUUCCUCUGCGCUCUUCAUACCCCACACUCAUUUUGUAUUGGAGCUGAAUGUCUAGCUUUUAAGAUAAUGCUAAAUAAAUUGUGUGGGGGUGGUCUUUUGUAAUUAAUAAUGUUAGAUUUGAGUCUGGGGCCCCCUGUGUAUGGCAGUGUGACAUUACAGCUGGCCUCGCACCAAAAUUCUCGAUGCUCUGUCUGGUUAGGUGGGGGGGGGGGAACCACUUGGGUAAUCUGGUGGUGGACGCGUUAUAGAAUCAUUAUAGGUCUUAUGCAAAGAUAAGCCAAUCUUGUAUUGGGCUGUCUGGCGGGUGUGCUACUGCUAGUUAAAAUGGCAGUUGUAAAGUAAAUCCUAAACAUAUCUCAGGGUCUUUAAGACCCACGGAUCCUUCUUCUAAUCCAGAUAUGCUGUGCUCAUGGUAUUGAGAGAGAUUGAACUGCAAAUUUGGAAGAGUUUUGUCUUUCCAGUAGCUCCAGAACAUAAGAGCUAUAACAAGGUCCCAGCACAACCUAUGCGUAGGCAGCAGCAGUCUUCGCCAGGGAUGGGGACAGCAUUGAGGGCUAUCAGGGCCUGAGUGCAACAUGUGUUAAGCCCUUUGGGGUGAGCAGUAGUAGAGCUUUCAAGAACAGCUCUUGGCUACAGCAUUUCUUACUAUAAAUGCCAAUCAAUAAAAUUAUUGCCAGUUUUAAGCAAAAAAUCUGUGUGCAAGUCUGUUAAACAUUUUUGGACAAUCUCUGUAUGGAACUGCUUUACUAAUUAAAAGGAGAGUGUAACACUUUGUAUGGUUCUUAAUUGUAUAUAAUGUUUUGUCUUAAAUAUAUUUUAAAAAAAUCA